AUGGCUUCCAAGGCCAUGUGGGAGGUCGAUCCCGAGACGCGAGCCAAGCUGGCUGCAAUCCAACAAGAGAACAAGAAUAACCUUUGCUGCGACUGCAACGCACCAUCACCACAAUGGGCGUCGCCCAAGUUUGGCAUCUUCAUCUGCCUGUCGUGUGCCGGCGUGCAUCGCGGACUGGGUGUGCACAUCUCGUUCGUGCGCUCCAUCUCAAUGGAUGCGUUCAAGCCGUCGGAGAUUGAGCGCAUGCGCCUUGGCGGCAACGAGAAUUGGCGCCGCUUCUUUGAGGAGCAUCCGGACACCAAGGCGAAGGGGAUCAGCUGGGAAGAUGCGACCAUCGCCGAACGCUAUGGCGGUGAAGUUGGCGAGGAAUGGAAAGAGCGCUUGACAUGCAAGGUAGAAGGACGCGAGUAUGUCCCUGGGGAGAGGAAAAAGACGACAACGGCCACAGCGACAGCAUCAGCCCAGCAACAACAACAAUCUAGCAGCUUGGCGAAUACUCCUUUGAGCGGGAGCAGGACGGCUAGUCCCACGCCAGGCAAGAUCAAGGUGGAUGUGGACUAUUUUGCAAAGCUGGGCGAGCGCAACGCACAACGGCCCGAGGGUGUCCCACCGAGUCAGGGCGGCAAGUACAUCGGCUUCGGUAACACGGGGCCAGUGCAGCCUCGAGACCAGGAACCGGCGCUGCCGGGGUUGGACGACUUGCAGCGGGAUCCGGUCGGCGCCAUCACCAAAGGCCUGGGAUGGUUCGCAUCGACGGUCACAAAGACGGCCAAGACAGUCAAUGAAGGGUUUAUUCAGCCAACAGCAAAGCAGAUCGCUGAAUCCGAGCUUGCUGCUCAAGCCCGCAACGCAGCUGCACAAGCGGCUCGAACAGCCCAAGCUGGUGCCCGCCAGGCGUCCGACAGCUUCCACCGUUUCGUCGAAGGCGGCCCGGCGCUUGGUGGGUAUCGGCAAGUGCGCAAUCCCAACACGUUUGACGAGAGUAGGCGUUCGUUCUGGGAUGAGUUUGCCGCGGCAGCCGACCAGCGCCGUACAGGGGGAAGCUCUAUCGGCACAUCUGCUAUGGGCAAGGGGUCGAGUAGACAGCCGGCGGCUCCGACACCAGCGCAGGGAAAGGAUAAGGAGGAGUGGGAUGAUUGAUGCGGGAUUCCGGGCGCCGCUUGGCCGAGGUUGGCACCGGCACUAGCCGGGAUGGCCAGGGUUAGCAGUGGUGGAAAUCGCCAUGGGAGCAGGUCGCAGCGGCGAAAUGCUUCAAGGUUCCUUGGUCCUCUCCCUCUCGGCACGCCUAACACACUCGACCGGCUAGCCAUUGAGCCACAACACGCCGCCAUGUCAGCGCUUCGGAUAUUGGUGCCCGUCAAGCGGGUCAUUGACUUCGCGGUCAAGCCGCGGGUCAACAAAACGAUGACGGGCGUCGAGACGGCUGGCGUCAAGCACAGCAUGAACCCGUUCGAUGAGCUGGCUGUCGAGGAGAGCGCGCAGAUCCGUGAGAAGAAGAAGGCUCCCGGUGGUGUGGAGGACAUCUGCGUGGUGAGCGCCGGGCCGACCAAAGCGCAGGAGGUGCUGCGCACUGCUCUGGCCAUGGGCGCCGACCGCGGCAUCCAUGUGGAGGUCGGAGAGGGCGAGGAGCUGGAGCCGCUGACCGUGGCCAAGCUGCUCAAGGCGGCAGUUGAGAAGGAGCGCAGCAACCUGGUCAUCAUGGGCAAGCAGAGCAUUGACGACGACGCCAAUCAGACGGGCCAGAUGCUGGCUGGGCUGCUGGGCUGGCCGCAGGCCACACAGGCGUGCAAGGUUGAGUUUGGGCCCGACGACACCGUUAACGUCUGGCGUGAGGUUGACGGUGGCGUGGAGAAUGUCCGGGCGAAGUUGCCCAUGGUUAUCACCACGGACCUGCGUUUGAACACCCCGCGCUACGCCAGCCUGCCCAAUAUCAUGAAGGCCAAGAAGAAGCCGCUCGAGAAGAAGACGCUGGCUGACUUUGGCAUCACAAACGAGAAGCGCCUCAAGGUGCUCAAGGUGACUGAGCCCCCUCCGAGGCAGGGCGGCGGCAAGGUCGAGGAUGUUGAUGGUCUUAUUUCCAAGCUUAAAGAGCUCGGCGCCAUUUAG